AUGAUCCCAUCCGCAAAGGCCCUUACAUUAGUAACAACUAUUGUCAUAACCCAGGUAUCGAAAUCAAGCUCGAACAUCUCGUUGUGGAUAAACAUUAAGUGGCUAAAAGAGCCGCUCAUGUGGAGAGAUGCCGUUGGCAACCUAGCGUGGCAAAUUCUGCAGGAAGAUGCACAAGAUCUGGCUUCUAUCAUUUCUAAUGAAGUCCACAUUCUUGGGGCUGGGGCGAAAUUAUUUAAAAUCAUUAGCCAGUACGGACAAGCCACUAUUAAUGGGGAUUCAAUGAAUUUUGCGGCUCCUGAAUCCGUCUUAUAUAUCCCACCCUCAUCGGCAAUGCUGGAAACAACCUACAAAGAGUUUUUUGUUCGUUAUUUAACAGCACGGGUAUACAAUUUUACCGGCACCAUUCUCCACGGGCUUUCAAUCGCAUUUACUGGAGUCUUCAGAUCCUUGAAACUCAACCUGAUUCUGUUGGGUGUGUUGGGAAUUUCUGUCCUUUUGAACCUCGUUGUAUCAGUCAGUACCGCGAAGGAAUUCUGGCACAGCAGAGCAGCCCUCUCAUACGUUGAGAACAUUGGAGUUGUUCCUUCCAGUACCAUGAAACGGUCCAUCACACUCCAGGAAUUAGAACUAGCCACACAAUUCAAUGCACCACGCUUUCAUGCGAAAAACGGACAGUGUUUCCAAAAAUUCCUCAAUGCUCAUGCAUUUGCAGAUGAUAUCGAAACAGGCUCCCAGAAUCAUGUUGCAUUCUCGAGUAAGCUCGAAUUGGCAAGGAGAAAGCUCGGUAUGUAUAGACAUGAUAUACUCGUAACAUUAUCCUUGAUAAAUAGCCUUGAGAAAUCGGUUCUUAUGAGCGAAUGGGAACUCUGGGUAUGGAGAGAGCGAUCGAGAUGCCGCCAGGCAAGAACAGCUCUUCGGAACUCAACCAUCUCUGGGGAUCGGACCCAGAACGAUAAGUCGGUAUCUAUCGAGGCUUAUUGCCGCAGCUGCGACGCUCGGGUUGCUGUUGACCGAGCGAAUGAAAACAACAGUGGCUAA